AGCCCGCCAGACUUGGACCGCGCGCGGGCGGCAGGCAGGCAGGGCGGCCGGGCGGGCAGCGGCCCCGGCCCGCAUCUGCGCCCCUUGUUCGUCCGCGGCCCCAGACGGGGCCCCGCCGCGCGCACAGCCAUGGUGGGCCGGCUGAACCUGCAGGAUGUGCCUGAGCUCGUGGACACGAAGAAGAAGGGCGACGGCGUCCUGGAUAGCCCGGAUUCCGGGCUGCCCCCCAGCCCCAGCCCCAGCCACUGGGGGCUCGCGGCGGCUGGGGGCGGCGGCGGCAGCGGGGAGCGCGCCCCGGCAUCCGGAACGCUAGAGUCCGACGUGGCGGCGACCCCCACGGUCCUGAAUCCAGCCUCGCUGCCCACACCCCUGGCCUCCGCCUGCGCGCCCAAGUUGUGCCCCCUAUCCUUUGGCGAAGGAGUGGAGUUUGACCCCUUACCACCAACGGAAGUAAGGUACACUUCCUCAGUCAAGUACGACUCAGAGCGGCACUUCAUCGAUGACGUCCACCUGCCCCUGGGCCUGGCCAUGGCCUCCUGCAGCCAGACGGUCACCUGCAUCCCCAACUGCACGUGGCGCAACUACAAGGCCGAGCUGCGCUUCGAGCCCCGCCACAAGCCCACCCGCUUCCUCAGCACUACCAUCGUCUACCCCAAGUACCCCAAGACCGUCUACACCACCACCCUGGAUUACAACUGCCGCAAGACGCUGAGGAGGUUCCUGUCCAGCGUGGAGCUCGAAGCCACGGAGUUCCUGGGUGGUGAUUGCCUCUCGGAUGAGAGCUGACUCCAGCAAGCUGGGGGGGCUGGACCGGCUCCCCCGCUGCCCCAGUCACGUGGGGCCACACCACCCUUGAGUGUCGUUCAUGCCCUGGGAAUCCAACCUAGAGACACCUCUAAGCCCAGCCUGGGGAAGAAAAAAAAAGUCACGCUAUCCUAUCGUAAUUGAGAAAAUUUGGUUUUUAAAAAAUGGUCAAAUUGUUUUUAAAAGGAGUGUAUUUGAGUGUAUUUCUAGUUCGCUGCUGCAUAGGUCUGUCCCCUCCCCUAGUCUCGAUUUGAUGAGAAAAUAAAGAGACCACAGCGAAAGGAAAAGGGCCACAGUUUGAAAUAGGGAGGGAGGGACGAGCUCCUCUCCCAUUGGCCGGCGUGUCUGAGAAGGAGCGUGGAAAAAGUCUCUGGAAUGGAAAAAGUGAGUUUUAGGAGCCUCCAGCCCGGGUGUCCUCACUGCUCCGACAGCGGUGCGGCUCCGGGGAGCCGGCCCCACAUGGGUCCCAUCUGUGCGGCGCGUGCGCUCCGUUCCACUGUUGUUUCUGAGUCCACGUCCGUUUCCUGCUAACCGAAACGCUUCGCAUUCUCUAAGUCUUUUUCAUGGCAUAAAAAACAAAACAAAACCGCAGAGUAAGAUGUGUUUUUAAGAGAAAGAAAGAAAGAAAGAAAGAAAAGGUUCAUCCCACGUUCCCCACUCUGGGAGGGCCGGGUGGUCUGCAGGGACGCCGGGGGUGGGGCGGUGGCUUCGGUUCCCGCUCCACCCACCCGGGGCUUCUGAGCUCAGGGUCUGGCAGACGCCUUGCACCCUUGGCAUCUGGUGACGUCUCUGCAGGCUUGUGUAACCCUCCUGAUAUGUAUUUUGGGGUUUCUAAAUACUUUCCUGUUUUUUCCUACGGGAAAACAUUGCGGAGAGAGAUGAUAUUUUAAAAGAGCGCUUAGGAAACUGCUUCUUGGGACUCCUCAAGAGGCUCUCACUCAGUGGGAACCGGUGGCCACACCUGGGGCCUGACGCCACCUGGGAGGAGGCAAGCAUAGAUGUUCCUGGUGACCUGGUUGGUCAGGAUGGGUGUCCUCUCCAGGGACCCUGGAUCACACUGGCUUUUGGAACUGUGAUUGUGUCAGUGCAGCAGAGGAAUUCCGCCAGUGCCUUAGGGCUGAGCCUUGAGGGAGGAGGCAGCCCCCUCAGGGGCAGUCAAAGCAGGGACGCAUGUCCCAAGUCCCACUGCACAGCCUGGGUGCUGUUGUGAUGGCACACACUUCCUUUAAGUGUCCGUUUUCGUGUAAGUGACACUCAUGGCGUUGGGUGUGAACUGAAGGAACUUUGUGAAUUGAGCGCAACAGGCCGGCAGCGAGCCGAGAGGGUGCGGUGGGCCAGGCUGCCGCUGGCCGCCCCCUGCCCACCCUGCCUCACCCGCCACUUCUGCCUGAGGCUUUUGAGUGGAGGAAGCGGCCGGUGGCUUUUUCUCUUCCAGUGCAGGGAAGAGCAAAUCAUGACUAUUCCCUCUGAAUACACCCCAGUUAUAUCAGGUGUUCGAGGGCUAGAGAGGACUGUAGGCUCGGACUCCUGCUGUGUCUCCCGGUUUCUGUGGGUGCUUCCACCUGCCCUGAAAGCAGAACCGAUGGCCCCAGGGUUCCCCAGAGCCACAGCAGGGACUUUUGUUCCGAGGAGAGCAGGUGUGAUGAUAAUCACCUUCAUUUAAAGUCAUCAGAGGUCUGUAGGGCCCAACUGUCUGGUGUCCUCCUCAGACUUCACAAUAUUCAGUCUGCUGUGCUCCUAACAGAUGGGAAGCAUCCCCCGGUGGAGCCUGCAGUGGGCUGGACCGUUGGAGUCUGUGCGGUGGGGUUCAGCGGGGGGCGCUCAGCAGGGCUCCCUGGGGACCAAGUCUCCUUGGUCAUGCAGAGCGACAGAUGCUUCCUGUGUUUGGAAAAGCAAAUUACACGGCAUUUAUGAUAAAGAUAGAUUUUUCUGUCCGAUUCUGUAAUCUUAUCAUGCAAGGCAAGUGAUAAAUGUAAUUUUUAAAUCACAUUGAGAGAAUUCCCAAGGCCUUGCCCCUGCCUGGUGGGGACGCCCAAGUGAGGUCAGGCCGCCGUCGGGGGCAGCAUGUCAGGAGAGGCCAGGCCUGGAGGACGCGGCCUCGGACCACAGCAGUGUUCUGAGGUGUCCGCAUGAGACUUUGGUUUAGGGGGGCUGGGGUUAAGUUCAGGCAAAUCGUUCUGGGUGGGGAGAGAACCGGAAUAAUGUCAGUAAAGCACGUAGAAAUAAGCGAUUGUGAAUGUGUAACGUGAAUGGGGAAGCAGGUUUUGUGUGGUUCAGUUGUUCACUAGGGAACGGACUGUAGUUCUAGUCCCUUUUCUUCAGACCUGCCCGGCAGAAGGUUGCAGAGGAGGAAGCAGGUGAAGACACAGUGGGACCUUGAGGGCCAGUAAGAACACCGACCACGCCGGGCUGGAGUCGGUUGGCGUGGCGGGAGCCAUGGCUUCCAGAGCUCACUCAGCAAACCAGCCCUUCCUGGGUGUGUCUGGGAAACCCAGUUUACUUAUGAAUUAAAGCCCUUUUUCUCAGGCUCUUAAAUUAUGGCUCUCAUGUAAUAAGGAUGAUUUGUAU